AUGGCCGAUGAUUUUGAUCCAUUAAAAAAUCAAGUGAAUAAGUCAUCUCAGGGUUUAAAUCAACCAAAUCAAAAUAAACCAAGUAACAAUGUUCUUAUUCAUCGUCCCUCAUAUACUGGUGCUUGGAAACGUCGAUCAGCAGGUAGUAUGGACAUUCAAAUAAAUACAUCUAGUGCAACAGAACUACAAACACAGCAGUCAAUAAAUUCACCGAAUUUGAAUAGUCCUAAAUUACCGACAUCACCAUUACCAUCGUAUUCGAGUAUUCCUAAAUCACCAACAUCACCGAUACCAUCAAAUGUUGUUAACCGUGUAGCACAAAGACAAGUAUCUCAACCUGAUCAACGCCAAGUUAAUAUCGUAGAACAAAAUCCAAAACCGUAUUGGGAAUCUAGAGAAGAUUCUUUUGAUGAAUGGAAUCAAUAUCAAUCAACAGAUACAACAGGACAAGCAUCUGCUUAUACUCCAGAAGAAUAUUAUAAUUACGAGAAACCAUAUAAAAAGAAAGGAGUAUCAAAUAAAAUUGAUCGUCUUGUGCAACGUUUUCCAGCUUUGGGUAAAUUUUAUAAACAACCACCAUCACCAUUUUCACCCGGUAGAGGUGAUACCAAUGGACAAUUUAGAUUUGAACAAACAUCUGACCCAGCUUCUAACCAUAAAGCCACAUAUGAAUUAACUGAAAAUGAUUUAUCUUUACAUGAACGAUAUACGGAUAAAACUCGUAUGGAAUGUAUUAAUCUACAAGUAAAAGAUGAAACCCAACCAGUUGAUAUUUCUGUUAAUCAUACAACAAAUAAAAUAUAUUUAUGUGAUGUUGGUCGGGGUGUUGUUGAAAUCUAUGAUAUGAAUAAAACACUUGAACAUGUAAUUGGUGACGCAACUAUGAUUGAUUUUCGACCAACAUCACAUAAAUAUAUUUUAUUUGUUGUAUGA